GGCCGCCCCCAGGCCGCGCUCCCGCCGCCGCCGCUGAGCCCGGCCGGACCCCGCACGCCGCCCGGGCGCCCCGAGGCCUCGUCCUCCUCCCAAACUUUGCAAAGUCGGCCGGCGUCCCCGCCGUCCUCGGCCGCGCCUCGGCUCGGAGGCUCGCCUCGCAGCCGCAGCGGCCCCGCGAGGAGGAGGAGGAGCCGCCGCCGCAGCAUCAAAGAGACCGAAUUCCCGCGGCCUGGGGGGGAGUCAUGCUUUGCGGUCUGUAAUGUCAGCAGAACAGGAGAAGGAUCCCAUUUCGCUGAAGAGAGUUCGAGGUGGUGACAGUGGACUGGAUGGGUUAGGAGGACCAGGUGUACAACUAGGAAGCCCAGACAAGAAAAAACGCAAGACAAAUACACAGGGGCCUUCUUUUCCUCCAUUGUCUGAGUAUGCUCCACCACCGAAUCCAAACUCUGACCAUCUAGUGGCUGCUAAUCCAUUUGAUGACAACUACAAUACUAUUUCCUAUAAACCACUGCCUUCAUCAAAUCCAUAUCUUGGUCCUGGUUAUCCUGGCUUUGGAGGCUAUAGCACAUUCAGAAUGCCACCUCACGUUCCUCCAAGAAUGUCUUCCCCAUAUUGUGGUCCUUACUCACUCAGGAAUCAGCCACACCCAUUUCCUCAGAAUCCUUUGGGCAUGGGUUUUAAUCGACCUCAUGCUUUUAACUUUGGGCCACAUGAUAAUUCAAGUUUUGGAAAUCCAUCUUAUAAUAAUGCACUAAGUCAGAAUGUUAACAUGCCUAAUCAACAUUUUAGACAAAAUCCUGCCGAAAACUUCAAUCAGAUUCCUCCACAGAAUGCUAGCCAAGUAUCUAACCCUGACUUGGCAUCUAACUUUGUCCCUGGGAAUAAUUCCAAUUUCACUUCUCCACUAGAACCUAAUCAUUCUUUUAUUCCUCCCCCAAACACUUUUGGUCAAGCAAAACCACCACCCCAAAAGCAAGACUUUAGUCAAGGAGCAACCAAAAACACUAAUCAAAAUUCUUCUGCUCACCCACCUCACUUAAAUAUGGAUGACACAGUGAAUCAGAGUAAUAUUGAAUUAAAAAAUGUUAAUCGAAAUAAUGUAGUAAAUCAAGAGAAUAGCCGUUCCAAUAGCACUGAAGCUACAAACAACAGCCAUGCAAAUGGGACACAGAAUAAGCCACGACAACCUAGAGGUGCCACAGAUACAUGCACCACUGAAAAAAGCAAUAAAUCCUCUCUCCACCCAAGCCGUCAUGGCCAUUCUUCUUCUGAUCCAGUGUAUCCUUGUGGAAUUUGUACAAAUGAAGUGAAUGAUGAUCAGGAUGCCAUCUUAUGUGAAGCUUCUUGUCAGAAAUGGUUUCAUCGGAUCUGCACUGGAAUGACUGAAACAGCCUAUGGCCUCCUAACAGCAGAAGCAUCAGCAGUGUGGGGCUGUGAUACCUGCAUGGCUGACAAAGAUGUCCAGUUAAUGCGCACUAGAGAAACUUUUGGUGCACCUGCAGUGGGCAGUGAUACUUAAUCACAAGCAUUAACCACAGUGGUUUUUCCCCCCAAGUAUGUUACAGAGGUUCAGUGACACAAGAUUUUAAUGUUUUAUAUUAUUUUUUUAAAUGCACACACACAAAGAUUAUUUACCUUUUAGUUUUUAUUAAUAUUCCACUUCAUUACUAGGGCAAACUUUGUAUUGUCUUGUUUGCUAUCUUAAAUAAGAAUAAUGUAUAUAGGGGUGCAUUAGGAAGUACUAUACAAAGACAUGUUAGUUUUUGUUGUUAAGCAUAAAAGCCUCUUGAAGCUUCAAAAUAAUAUAUAGAAAAUGUAGGCAAGUUUUAACUUUUAAAAGUUAGAAUCAUUGAGAAAUGUAUCUGUUGACCCUUGAACAACACAAGUUUGAACUGCAUAGGUCCACUGAUAAUGUGGAUUUUUUUUCGGUAAACGUACUAUAGUACUACAUGAUUCGUGGUUGGUUAAAUACAAGGAUGGGGAACCAUGGAUUUGGAAAGCUGACUGUAAAGUUAUAUGCUCACUUUUGACUGAGAGGGGGUCAGCACCCCUAACCCUACGUUGUUCAAGGGUCAGCUCUAUUGCAGUGCUGAACUUUGGCAGUAUUGGACAGUUCAAAAAUUUUUUCAAGGAUCUAUUUAAAAUGUUUGCAGAAAGAAGAUAUGUAGCUAAAACAUGGAAGAAAGCAUAUGUUUUAAGGGAUGUUUUUAAAAAUAGUAAAGUGUGACACCAGAUUCCUUCCUUUCUAGAGUCCUUGAAAUGAGUGACUUUUGUAUUUUCAAGUCAAUCUUUCCAGGAUAUCUGUUUCCAGGAUAGAGUACAGAUAUGAGACAGAUGUUAGCAUAUAGUAGAUAUUCAAUAAGUAUUUGUUGGUCUACUUGUGGAUUGUACCACAUGAAAUUGCUAACAUUAGAUCAGCUGAAAAUUGAUUGCAAUUAGUAGAGUUGAUAUAAAGUAUGUUUUUAGUUGUGCUGUUUAGAAAUGUAACAGUAUUAUGUUCUUCAAGCUUCAGUUUUCUUUGCUUAUUGAGUUGUUAUUGUUUUCCAGAAAAAUAGAUAAUACAGUAUCUUCAGAAGAACUGUGAAUACUUUUCUUAAUAUCAUUUCAAAUUGGGACAUACUGCAAAUGAAAUAGGUAGAAAUAUCAAUUUGGCCUUAGAGGGCUCUGUCAGCAAAAGAACUACGCAGUGGUGAUUUGAAAAAUCUUAUUCUGGGGAUCUGAAUUCAAAAAUGAGCCUCAGGAGUUCAAAAUCCAUUUUAAGCAAAGAGCAAUUAAAAGCCAAGAUGAGAGCUAACUCCCAACAAUUCAAGGCCCUGCAACAAACAGGAGUUUCUACUGUGACUGGGAAAAGUGUAAAAAUGGACCUGAGAGUAUCCUCUUGAGAGACGAACAAAAAUGGAGGCAAUUGGAGGUUCAUUAAGAUUCAAAACAACAGAAAUUCAUUUUUGGAGUGGAUCAUAACCUGUGAUCUCCCCCGACCCCCAAAGGAUACUAUAUGACAGUUGAUAGAAGUUUGUACAGUGGUUGGCUGCUGGUGAAGCUUCCAAACUUGAACCAUCUUUGUCAUUGUGGCCAAAAAAGUUCUGAAGACCAUAUGGUGAUCUACAAAAGGGAUAGUUACUACCAUUUAAACCUUGAAAUGACAGCAACAGCAAUAGUGCCAAGAAGUUAAAAUUAUGCAUGAAAAUGUCGAUUAAAUGUCCUUUCGUUAGGAAACAUGAACCCACACUUUUACAUGGUAACACUUGGCCUCUUAUGUCACAAGGCACUAAAGCAAAGUUAAUUGAAUUGAGCUGUUAAAUUUUGUUGUGUUCAUUGUAGUCACCAGAACUUUAUUCAGUGAACUGGCAUCUUUUUUCAUCAUUUGAAACUUUCUAAGAAACAACAUAUUCUUCAAUUGAGAAACAGUAAUUGGAGGGUUUGAACAAUUUAUAGAACCUAACAAAUGAUGAGUUUUAUAAAAAUGCAAUAUUUAAUAUCCUAGUAGAAAAAAUUAUUAAUACUCAUUAUGCAUAUUUUGAUUGAAUAAAACUUAUUUUUUUAAAUACAGUGUUUUGAUUUUGACCUACAAACAAAAACAGCAAUUUCAUAUGGUACAAGGUAAUGUUUUCUCCAUUUAACUGUAACUAGUUAGAGGUGAGUACAAAAUAUUUUAAAUAUAAGUCUAAGAUAUAUGUCUUUAUAGUUUUAGGAAAUGAAAUGAUAUAAAUUCUAAUACUAGGUACUCCUUUGAAAUCUUUGCCAGUUAAAACCAGUUAAAAUGACUCUUGACAUUUGAUGUGUUCAGUAGCAUACUGAGAGAUCACAAUUUGCUUACACUGUAGCUUUUGUUAGAGACACAUAAUUUUCUAAAUGUUAUGUUGUUUUUGAAAUCCUAGGGAGUACUGAUUUUUAAGAAAUGCACCCCAUGCCGUAUGCUCAGUCCUAGCAUCAGAUAGUGUUUUUUUUGUUUUUGUUUUUUAAGUGACUGAAUGCGGUUAAAUACUGAGUAGAACCUUGCAGUGUCCUCAGGAUUAACACUUUACAUGUAUUUACAUGAGUUGUGCUCUUUGCUAAAACUGAUUAUGCUGUUUCUUAAGCCCUCUCCUGCUUACAGUUUUAGUAGCUAGCUUUGUGAAAGUGAAAUAACUUCUCCCAAGUUAGUCUAAACUUGGUUUAUAACGUGAUUCUUUCAUUUUCAUUUCCAAGUAGUUGUUUUUAAAAACUUACAAGUGAAUUAUUCAAAAGAAAAGCCCAUGGUUGAUUCUGACUAUGAAUCAUAGGCAAGCUAUAGUCAUAGCUGAUGAAUGCUUUCAUGUAUUCAAAUUAAUAUUCUUACUGGUAUCACACUUGUCUCUACAUAACAUGAAGUCAGAAGUUAUCUUGAUGCUUUUUGGUAGGGAAAGUGAUGAACUCUAAGAAUGGCCAGAGGAGUUCCCACUGUGGCUCUAUGGGUUAGUGAUCCAGCUCUUCUAUGUGGUGGUGCCGGUUCAAUCCCCAGGCUGGUGCCGUGGGUUAAGGAUUCAGCAUUGCUGCAGCCGUGCUGUUGGUCCCUGGCCUGGGAACUUCCAUAUGCCAUAGGUGCUGCCAAAAAAAAAAAAAAAAAAAAAAGAGAAAAAAAAAAGAAUGGCUAUAUAUUAAUUUGCCUAAUUUGACUGAAAGGCUAUUAUACAAACUGAUAAGGCUUUCUUAAGACAAGUGGCGAGCUGCCCUAAACAUUAAAAAAAAUACUCCGUCAGGGAAAGAAAUGCACACGGGUGAAAUAAUUUUCCAGUAGUAUUGCAUCUUUUUUGGUGUGAUCCUUUUCCUUCAUUGAACGGUGUCAUCUCACAUGCACACAUAUACACAAAGACAAACAUACAUGCAGUUGAACAGGAAAUCUUGAAGUUUCUCCUACAUUUUCAAGUUUUGCCAAGUUCAACCAGUUAGGUUCUCUCACUGAGACUAGGUUACUGAUAGAACAUUUUAAAGCAUCAGUUCCUUUCUCAGAACUUGCUUAGUUCAUUUCACUAGAGAAUUCCUGGUCCACUUGUCUUUAGAUGCUACUGGACUCACUAGUUGUGGAACAGUUUAGUUUGUAAAAGAAAAAUUACUCUUCAGAUAGAGUGCUUAGAAUUAGAUUUUUGCGAUCCAUGUUUUUUUCUUUUGUGUGAAAUUCUUUAGGAGUACUGCUAUUAUGAUACUUGUCAUCCAAAUUAGAAGCUUAUGUACAUAAAACUGAAGUCUCUCUUGUACUAGUACUUAUGGUUCAUAGGUGAACACAAUAUAAAGAAAUCCAUUGUGUGUGUGUGUGUUGUGUGUGUGUUUUAGACUCCCAACUUUGCCUAGUGGUAGGAAAAAAAAUGCUAAUAGUAGGUCACCAUGAAAUCUGCUGACUUUAAUAAUCCAGAUAAAAUGAGUGUCAGGAGUCUUCUAAUAUUCUUUCAAAUUUGUUUGUCUUGAAUAAACUGAAUGCUUGUACUUAUUGUCCAACAUUCUAUAGUAAUUGUAUUUAAUAGUAAAAAAUAAUAUAAGCAGUGAUUUUUAAAGGGAGCUUGAGAGAGUUUUUUCUUUUUUUGCAUUAUAUAGAGGUUUCAUCUGCAUGAAAAUUUGUGCUAUUUAAGUUUGUUUAAAUAAAAGCAUCCACAUUCCCAAAGGUCACUUGUAAAUAGUGGUUUAGAACUCUGUAGAAGAUGACUAGAUUCUUAAGGAAGCUCAUAAAGGCUUUUUAAAACCAUUGUAUAGUUAACCAUUAGUAUGCUCAGUGCUUAGUUUUCUUUAACGGAACCAAUCAAUGUAGGAAGCAGAAGAAAGCAGAGGUCUCCUUUUUCCUGAUUUGCUUCAGGAAGGUUAAGUUCUUUGGUAUGAGUGUUCCCUGGUUACCUCUUACCAUCCUUAACUCUCCAGUGGAAUGCUAUAUAGACCAACUUCGCUUUUCCCUUCCUAGAUGUUCUAUACUUCAAAAUUUCAUAUCUUUCCUCUAGUCAGAUUUCCUGUUUCUUUGUUGGCUGUAGUUGGCCAGACUUUAAGGGAAGAGUGUUUUCCAGCAAGGUGUGAACAAAGAUAAUAAAGUGGGAUUAAAUUUCUUUUUUUAUUUUAAAGAAUUUAAAAGUCUAAUAGCUAAGAUUUAAGACAAUAUGACUACAUUUCAGGCACCAUAGGAAGGAGUGGCUAUCAAAUUGACUGAUGCUUUCUUGGGAGUACUUCCCCAAUUUCCUUUAAAUUGUUGAGCCUUUUCAAAAUUUCAUUUCCUCUGCUUCUGAACUCAGAGGUUUUCUCAUUUUCUUUUUUCGUUUUCUUUCUUUUCGGCUUUUUAGGGCCGCACCCAAGGCAUAUGGAGAUUCCCAGGCUAAGGUAUAUGGAAAUUCCCAGGCUAGGGGUCCAAUCGGAGCUACAGGUGCCAGCCUAUGUCACAGCCACAGCAUGCAGGUUCCGAGCUUUGAUCUGCGAACUACACCAAAGCUCACCGCAACACCGGAUCUUUAACCCACUGAGAGAGGCCAGGGAUCAAAUCCGUGUCCUCAUGGAUACUAGUUGGGUUUGCUAACCACUGAGCCAUGACGGGAACGCCUUCUCAUUUUCAAAUUUUAGUAACUUCCCCUUUUCCUCUAUUCCAUUUACCCAGUAAAGCAGCAUAGAAGCCUCUUCUGCAUUUUUCCAGCUCUUGGCACUCUUACACAGGAGUUUAGAGGCACCCCUGGAGUAAAGAGGCUAGGGAUGGCAUUAGUGUCUCCCAAGACAAGUUGUCUAGGGCAAAUGAAGGGAAGAAAGUUUUCAUUGAAAACUUUUCAUGAAACCCAAUGGAUAAGCUUCAUCUUUGUCAUAAACUGUCAAAAUACAUUACUUGUAAUUAUAUUAAAAUGUAUUCUAAAUACCUAUACUUUUCUUGUUCUGUAGAUGAUGUAGAUGAUGUUGCUUGUUAGUUAAAAUAUCUUUUAUAAAAGAAAGUCCUGCUUCUAAUCAUGAUGUAUGUGACUUAAAUGACUGUUUCAUAUUAAAACUAUUUCUUCUUUAUGUACUGCUUACAUAUACCUCUUUUUGGGAUAUUAGUUCAGUACUUUUAUACAAAUCUGAAUGUGUUCCACAUUGGUGACAUGUAUUUUUGCAGUAAAUUUUUGUUUUGUUCUUAGAGCAUGUCUAAAGUAACACAUGCACUAGUGCUGUGGUCUGUGGCAAAAUUACUGUAAUUCAAAUUGGAAAAUAAAAUGUUUCCAGACUUUGUCCAACAUUUAUUCCUAUGGCAAAGGAAAUUACUAUGUAAUACUAAUUAUUUCUUAUGCUGGUAUGUUUAAGCUACUCUAUGAAGUAUGUGAGACAUCAAUAUUUAUGGAUUAGUAGAUGGCCUGAUGUCUUUGAAAUGGGAGAGAGGGGUAAAAUUUGGUAUUAGCAAUUCAUAGUACUCGUAAUACAAUAAAUACUUCUUAAAAAAUUGAUCUUCCUCUUACAGUUAUUAUUUACUAUGAAAUUACCUUAAUUGACAGUGCAUAUUAGGAUUUUUCAGCUUGUACCAUUAAAAUUACAUACUAGACUUUGAACAUAUUCUGAUAUCUUCCAAUCAAAAAAGAUAUCAUUUACUCUCUUAACCAAAAUAAGUAGUAAAAAUUAAUCCAUUAAGAAACUAUUAAAAUUCCAUAAAACUCCUCCAAUUUACUUAGAAUUUGUAACUAUUGAUUCAAGGACUUGAAUGGUGUUUACUGUGUAUGAUCUGAUGAAAAGAUUUAUUGGAAAAAUCGUGAGAUUUUAAAGAAAAAUGUGUAACCUUGGAAAAUUUUUAAGCUUUUUGGAGGCAUUAAUUUCAGAAUACUAGUUUAAAAGCAUUCUUUUGUCAUUCAACCAAUUACCCCCAAAGAACUGUAAUAGUUACUUGCACAUUUAUAUAUUUGAAGUUACAUGCUUAACAGAAAAAAAAAGAAUGCUUGUGAGUGCUUAAACAGUAUAUCUUUUUAAAAUACUCAAAAUUUUAGGCUUUUAUCCAUUUAAACUAUCCUGAAUUAACAAGGUUUUACUCUUAUCAGUGAUGUAUAUUACAAGGUAAAUGUCUACCGAUGUUAUGCUAAUGAUCUCUCCACAUUGCAUCAUUUUUGGCAUGGUUGUUGUGGUAUAUUUUGUAUGUUUGAUUGUCAGCUAUUGAUAGAAUUAACAUAGCAAUAAAUCUAAUUCUGUUCUUAAUAUUUUUUAAAAAUACCAGAUUUUUACUGUGUCAUAUUACCAUUAUAUUUUACUUGAAUGCCCAACAUUUUUAUGGGUUUCUUUUUUGUAUUAAGAAUUUAGUUUUACACGUUAGGGAUUUUUUUCUGGUAUUUUCAUAUGCAGUCUUUUAGAACUGGGUCUGUUUGAAUCAUAAAAGUUUUCAAGAAGUAUUAGUAUUAACUGAUUCAUGAAUUGCUUUGUGGAAAGUUUUGAAUAAAGUAUGAAGUCACUAGGUUACCCUCAAAUUGUUCGUUUUCUUUAUGUAGUUAAUGUAUAGUUACAUUUUUCAGAGAAAUAAAAUUGGCUUGGUAACUGAUUGAAUAUACUAGAUAUAGUGCAGUUUGAAUGUAUAAGGGCUUCCAAAUAUUAAACCAAAUGAUUCUCAAUUCUGAAAUACUUUUUAAUAAUUAAAUAAUGGUAAGCCAGUUCUUAUGGUUAUUUUUAAGAUUUUUAACCCUUAUAGUUUCCUCAUUACUAUUUUUCCUUUUUCCUUAAACAUCAUGGUAGAAUUUAAAAUUGGCUAUCUUCCACAUUUUAGUUUUUUAUUCUAUAGAUAAGUAGUUAAGACAAGUAGAGGUUCUAUCAAAACAGUCUAUGUUAUUGUUGGACAUUCUUUUCAGGGAUCAUGCUGAAUGUCAUGUGUGCAUUGUAUAAAGAAUGUUAUUUAUCAGUAUAUAGACUUAGUAGAAAUUCUGUAUGGCAGGCUUUCUUCAACAAUAUGUAUUGUAAGUUUGUUUCCUAUUAGUGUUAUGCUUCAAAUUCUUUUAAAUAAAGCUAGUUUUUAAAGAGAAAAA